AUGCAGCGACUUACUCUAUUCGUAUUUGCCGCAUUCGUCGUGGCCAUGGCUAUGGCAGCUGGCCAGUAUUACGUACCAAGGUCAUAUUAUAUCAUCGAUGCUGAGGGCCAUGCUUCCCCACCAGUGCCACUACGAAGACUGCGUCGCUCAGUCGGGCCGUAUCCCUAUGAUUAUGGCAACGGUGCCAGUGCCAAUGCCAAUGCUAAUGCCAAUGCCAGAGCCGACAGCUGGGGUCGUGGAGACGCGAACGCUAAUGCCAACGCAAAUGCUAACGCUCGUGCUGGCGCUGGGAACUGGGAUCUUCCCAUUGGCGCUUCCUACGGAGCAGCAAACCCUGCAGCUUUAAGUCCUGGGCAAACUAGACGUCAGUUUGGGCCGGUGUUCGGAGGGAGAGCUGUCUCUGCGAGUUCCUCAGUCGGCCUUGACUCCACUGGAAAUGGAUAUUAUGACCAGGAGGCAUCUGUUUCGAACUAA